GUUCCGUUGAUCACUACAAGCUGGAGUUCGCGUCCAUGGCGAACUAUAUCGACGAGGAGGGGCAGAAGCGAUACGAAGACGACAGGCGCGAAGAGAACGUGUCUGUCAACCUCACGUCGUACCAGUUCACGGGGGCCACCGCCAACACCAACUACACCGUCAAGGUGGGUGGCAGAACUCCACUACACCGCUAUGGUGAGUGGCGGGACCCCACAACACCAACUACACCGUCAAGGUGGGUGGCAGAACCCUACAACACCAACUACACCGUCAAGGUGGGUGGCGGGGCCUCACAACACCCACUAUACACCGUAAGGUGGGUGGCGGGACCCCACAACACCAACUACACCGUCAAGGUGGGUGGCGGGACCCUACAACACCCACUACACCGUCAAGGUGGGUGGCGGGAUCCCACAACACCCACUGCACCGUCAAGGUGGGUGGCGGGACCCUACAACACCCACUACACCGUCAAGGUGGGUGGCGGGACCCCACAACACCCACUACACCGUCAAGGUGGGUGGCGGGACACUACAACACCCACUACACCGUCAAGGAUCGUGGUGGUGAAGCUGGGACGCGGGAGGGACGCGUCGUCGCUGGGACGUCCCGCGGACCUGCCGCUGGUGACGCACGCCAUCGCCCACCGCCGCCCCGCCACCGCCGCCUACGUCGCUGAGGCCUACACCAGGACGAGCGACCGCUACCUCCUGCUGGGGGACAACAGGACCGUGGGGGGCAACUGGUCCCAGGGCUGCGGGGCCUGCAUACAAUACCCCACAUCCCCCUCCUCCCCUCCUACUGAACCCACCCCCAUCACCUCACCUCCUCCCACCACCACACUAAUACCUACUACUAGACCAUCAUCACCACCACCACCACCUAGCCCUUCUUCCCCUAUCCCUGACACUACAACCACCACCACCACAACCGCCACCCCACCACCCGCCAAGGUGGUGGUCAAGAGGUCCCCCGACCCAAGCUUCCUGCAGGUCGUGGACGGGGCCUUCUCCACGGACCACAACUACACGGGCUACCUCAUCCUUACGGUCAACUCUGAGAAGGAGGGGCCGCUGCACAGCUACUCUGAAUACUUCAACGUUGUUCACCCCGUCAUGUCGGAGCCCUUUAAGCGUAAGCUGUUCAGGUCGCUGCGUAAGUCCAAUACGCUGCUUUCACAAAACUGCAUCGAAGUCAAGCCCAUCGCCAAGGACGACCUCGUGCAAGUUUACCUCGAGAAUAUCAAGGACUCUGAGCUUGGCUUUCGGCGUGAAUAUGAGGCGCUUCCUGAGAAGUUUGUGGACCGGAGCACGCGCGUCUCCGAGAUGUUCGAGAACAGCAGCAAAAACAGAUACCCUGACAUCAAAGCCUACGACCAAACGCGCGUCAAACUCAGCACAUCCGCGGCACAUCCUUCCGACUACAUCAACGCUAACUAUGUGCUCGGCUACAAGGAGAGGAAGAAGUUCAUUUGUGCCCAGGGUCCCAUGGACGCGACGGUGGACGACUUCUGGCGCAUGAUCGUGGACCAGGGCUGCGGGAUAUGCGUGAUGCUCACCAACCUAUGUUCAUCACUGGUAGUUCAUGUCAUGAUGUUCAUCACUGGAGGUUCAUGUCAUGAUGUUCAUCACUGCCAACGUGAUUUUUGUGCAGACUACAUCGUUCGCACACUCCGCGCCGAGUGGUUGGUGCCGAGUGAGCUCAAGUACCACGAGGUGGAGCAGUACCACUACCUCAUGUGGAAGGACUUCGUGGCUCCUGAACACCCGGUAGGGAUCCUGGCCUUCCUACGACGUAUGAAUGAGGCGCAUUCCCAUGAAAAAGGACCGCUACUGGUGCACUGCAGUGCUGGGGUUGGGCGCACAGGCACCUUGGUGGCCCUAGACUCGCUUGUCAUGGAGCUGGAUGACGAGAAGCAAGCGUCCGUGUACAACCUCAUUUGUGACUUGCGACACCAACGCAACUUCCUGGUGCAGUCGCUGAAGCAGUAUGUGUUCAUCCAUCGCGCGCUCAUGGAAUAUGCUCAGUUCGGUAGCACUGAACAAACACCGCAGCAGCUGCGCGAGGCUUACGUCAAACACGUCAAUCAGGUUCAACAGCAACACGCCUCCCCCAUCCUCUUCACAGAGUUUGAUUUGUUGAGUAAGGUCAUCGAGGAACGAAAGGCGUUCACCAUCGCCACCAGCGAGGAAAACAAAAGCCGUAACCGCUACGACUACGUUCUUCCUUACGACUCCAACCGCGUCAUCCUCUCCCCCGUCGCGGGUAAGCCCGUCAACACCUACAUCAACGCCUCCUUCGUGAGCGGCUUUGACCUCGAUGAGUACUUCAUCGUGACACAGGACCCUCUAGAGAACACCGUGUCCGACUUCUGGCGGAUGAUAUUCGAACAAGACGUUACGACCAUCGUCAUGCUGUCGGAGCUGGGAAGCGGCGACGACUUGUGUGCGCGGUAUUGGCCUGAAGACGACGAAGAGGCUCAGCAUGACAAUGUCAUCGUCAAGCUCAUCUCCAGUGAGAGCUACCCCAAGUUCUCCAGUCGAGUGUUCCAGGUGAGCCACUCCAAGAACGGAGGUGGUCGUCAGGUGACUCAGUUCCAGUACGUGGGCUGGUCCGGUCAGAUGGGCGAGGUGCCCGUGGGCACGUACGGCAUCAUGGAGCUGAUCAACCGCGUGCACAGUCACAUCCACGCCAACUUAUCCUCCAGCAUGCCUGCACCUGUAGUGCUGCACUGCAGUGGAGGGGGUGACCGCUGCAGUGUUUACGUCUGUCUCAAUAACUGCCUUCGUCAACUGCGUCGUGAGGCGCGCGUCGACGUGUUCCAAAUCGCGCGCAAGAUCCGUUCAAUGAGGCAGUUUAUGCUACAGGAGCCCACGCAGUACGAGUUCUGCUACAAGGCUCUCAUAGAGUACAUUGACAGUAAGGGUUUAGAUAACAUAUAAUAGGAGAGCGAGUACGUUAGCUGCAGGACGCGAGCGUCACUCCGGUAGUCGGUGUUGCAAUGAUGUUGCGAACAUCUCGUGUGUUGGUUAGUUUGUGUCGAGUUAGUGUCGCUGCUUCCUUAACUAUUGGCUUAGGUUUGGCCGCGCUGUCGCUCUGUUCACCGCAGACGAUUUCUCUGUUCCAUUCCCUCCUCCCCUCGCCACAUGACCGAGAAUAAAUGAAUGUUUUCUGGGUUUGUUUCUUGCCUGGAAAGCAUUUCUUUCUCUAGCAAAGUAUAUAAGGACUUUAAACAUGAAAAUCUACCGAAAAUUUGCUGUAAAUGUGAGAAAUUGUAAUUAUUUUUUUACUGACUUGCCUAAAAAUACGUGAAUAAUUUUUACCUAAUUAUGCUAUCCCUAAAUGAGGUAGGCAUUACCUUCGUGAUACGCGGCUUUAGUGUACAUACGACUUACUUUUCGACCUCAGCACAAACUUUCUUAAGACGCAGUUUUCAGAUUGUGGGCUGAGUUUUUCCUCGAGUUUGUUGAAUUUGUAGUCGGGACUCGUUUUCCACGCCCUUGUGCUGUUCGUGUCACGGACGAGUUUUUCAAAGUGAGGAAUGUAGAAAACUUUGUGUGCCCCGUACCCCGUUUUUAGUGUGAUAGUACAAAGGAUUUAGAGUUAAUUUAAUGCUUCCUAGACUGUACCUAGAUUCUCAUCCCUCCUCCAAGCCACACAAAUUUUUUUACCCGCUCACCAGAAGAAUAAAUUUUAACGGUCGUGACCGUUAACGCGUCUCGAGAUGUUAUCAUACAACCAAAAUGAUCAGACAAAAGCUGUCAUAUAUACAAGACAUGAGACGAUAUAAGUUCUGAGAAUGCCGCGUAGGAGCCUGACUGCUCGUCAUUUAUGUAUUGACAAUUCACCUUCCCUCUGGUAACGACUUUUUCCAGAGUCAAAAUCCGCUACCGGACUGGCGAUAUCGUCUCUUUUGCUGUUUAUGUAUCCUUUGAAUGGAGAAUUGAUUGCUUUCUCUGGGACUGCUGGUGUUUAUGACGGUGACACGUGGUGGUGCAUGUUCAGCGAACCCAACGUUCGGAUAGAGUGAACCAACGUUCGGUAGAGCGAAAAACGUUCGGUAGAGCGAAAAACGUUUGGUAAAGCGAACCAAUGUUUGGUAGAGCGAACCAAUGUUUGGAGUGUACCAAUAAUUAUGUUCUACUUGUCAUAUCUACAGCAGUUAAUGUUACUCAAAAUAGCUUGCGUUUCUUUGUUUCUCGCAUCAACGCCUCACCAGCAUUAUUUUUUUCUGUCAGCUUUGGUGUCCUCAUGGUCAGGAGGGCGGGCACUGGGUGUUGAUAUUGCCUGCCAGUAUUGGACAGAUUAUCAAUAGUAUUUUAUAACUGCUCGCCUGCAUCUAUAGACCCGCCAUCGCUGGUUUACGUGUUAUUGGAUCUGUUUUGCUGUUUAAGGAAGCGAGACGUCAUCUGUUAAUAUCGCGACUUCGUUGUGCCAAUACUGCUUUAGUCACUUCAGCUUCGACUUAAUUUGGUGCUAGUUUCUUAUAGAUUUUCUUCAGUUUGUUCAUAAUAUACUUAGUUCUGUCUCAAUUCCCCGUCUGCAUUUAUGUUUAACUGCUUUGGUGCUAUCUAUUCGUUUCAAUUUAUUGUUUCGUUGAAUUAUUUACUGUUUUUCCGUCGCUAAAAGAAAGUUGUUGGCUCUGCUUACGGACAUUUAUGGCUUGGGAACUCAAUUUUUUAUCAUCGUUGCGCUGGAAGUUUAGAUCUGAAGUCUACACGCGAGUCUCGUCGCAGGAUAACAAUGCCUGUGUCUGUGUCUAGAGCAUCUAGAGCAAUGGUUCCCUGUGGUUCCCAGUGGGAACCAUUAUACCUUCGGGGGUAACGCUCUGUAUGAGUGUUUUUAUUUUGCCUUAUAUGUUAGAAUACAUUUGUGAGAAGGGGUAACAUGUUUAUAUUUACAAGCUGGAUUGGGGAACAAAGUGAAUAGGUUAGGCUGCCGCUGGUCACGAGCGAUGCCAUAAGCGUGUUUGUGACUUGUGUCGUCUGACAAUCUUAUGUUGUGUUCGAUGAAAACGAGUUUGUCUUCUGCCGCGCAUGCGAUGUGAGUUUGAAAUAAUGCUUGCUUUACGUUGGCUAUGUUUGGGAAUUUUUUUUUUUUUAAUUAUGACGAGGUAACGUCGAAAACCCACCUAGAUUUAUCUCCGACACUGAGGUUGAAAUCGCCUAUGGGAGUUGCAAUCCCAUGUAUUGGACAGAAUGCUUUACAAUUCAGUAGAAAUAACAUUUAGAGUAAGAGGACGAAUGAGUAUAGGAAGUAUAAGGGAAACUUACAACUCGGGUAGGAAUUAUUUGGAGGACAUUUUUCCCCCGAGCAAUUCUUGCAAGCGGGCUGUUGCCAUGACGAUUAGGCGUUUAACUUCACUCACUCCCUGAUUAUUAAAUAAUUAGGCAUGGUUCAGGUUAAGGAUGUAACUGAUAAGUUUGCAUCCCGCGCAAAUGCUUUAUAAAUAUUGGUCAGAUGUUGCUCCAGGAAUUCUCCAUAAAUAAUUUGUUAGCAAGGCCACAUAUUUUGUAUCUGCGUCGCGUGCUUUCCUGUUCCGUCUCGUCGCUCCUGCCAAAUUGAUAUGAAGUCUCAAGUUUCUCAAGCAGUGGACUUAAUUUUAAUAAUCAUCGUUCCUUAUAACUCUUAACUAGGUCAAUGAUUGACCGUUUUAGUUUAAAACAAUCAUUGGAGAUAGAGAAUCUAAUGAGUAAUGCUCCCUUUAGCCCGUUUGUUUAGGAAAAUUAUUGAUGAAUUUAAUGGAAUGGAAGUGUAAGUAGAGAAAUAGAUAUUCCCAUCUUGUGCUGAAAAUGACAUGGUAGCAAAAAAUGAAUUGUGAGGGAUUGCGUUGUCUUAUUUAAUUAUUACAAUAAUUAUGUGUUGCGAUUAGGAUUGUUAACGCCGACUGGUGCAAUAUUGUGAAGAAACACCAGUCCUCGCAUCCGGUGCAUGCGCGGCUGACUACUGGCGGUCUCUCAAUAUAAUUUUUUAUUGUUUUUUGACCAAAAUUAUUCAUGCAGGUAAAAAUUCUAUAUUUUAAAUUCUGUUAUUUAGUUGCGCCUGACGAAUUUGAUGAAUGAAGUUCAUGAAUUCAAGUCGUCACAAGUUCAAUUCCUGUUCAAAUCGCGCGUGCUGCUCACUCGUCAACCCCGAGCCCAGGCCGCUUCAUCCGCAACCACGAACCGUGAAAUAUCUUCUGUUUAAUAUAAAAAUGUCCAGUAUAGAAAUUUCAGGAAACAAAUUAACGCUUUUUUGAUGGAGCCUAAAUCUGUAACGUUGAAUCCUUCACCUCAUUGACAGCAGUUGAAUCCUUACUGAUGUAUAAUCAUUUUUUGAACCUUCGAAUCUCUUCUAUCCGUGUAUCAUUGGCAUUUAUGUUAUCCCCAUAUGCGACCACAUUGGUGUAUAAACUUCCUAUAAUUUGGUGCAGUAUAAAAAAUCCGAGUAAGAGGGUUAAGAGAAGUAACAUUUUACCUGUAAAUCUGUUCCUGUUAUAGACUGCAAUCACUGUUCAUAUUCCAGCAUCACCUGAUCUGUUGACUGUUCACCUCAACAUAUCACAGAACAAAGCUCUGCUUCAGCUCUGUGAUGAAAAAAAAAAAACGCGUGCUCGUGCAUUUCGCACAGUCAUUAUCUUCUACAGUCGCUACCUUCUGCUCCACGGAAACAUACAAUUUCAGGUAGGAAUACCAUAGCACCUGGCAACCUGUUGCCAAAAUGUCCCCGAAGUUGCAACAUUUCCUCUUGGAGAAAUUUUUUUGUAAAUAUCUCUUUAUAGCCAACAGAAAAUAUCUUUGUGUACUUCACUGAUUAGUCAUAGUUUCAAACACUAUUGAAUAUUUUACGCGCCGAUUACGUAGUCGUUCCUCGGAGACUACUGAUCGCUUUACCCCGAUUUUGGAAAUUGACGUAGUGAACAAAACUUGCCUUGACGAUGCAACCGAAUUUAAACCUGUCCCGGCGUCUGAUUUUCUUAUCAGACAAUCUAGCGGCGCCAGAUCCGGCGCUAAGGCGGCUCUAAUCAGGCACUGGGGCGGCUCAGAAUUUUGUUAGCGGAGAUGCAUGGCGAUGUCAUUCCAACAUUAGCUUCAAUGUUUUUUUUUCGUAGAAUAUUUGUAAUUAAGUGGAAACCGGCUUCGACAACGCAGAAUAUGAACAGGCAAUGAACGUUACGAAUUUCUGAACGGGUUACGAAUUUCUGGACGGCUUUAGCACCUGCUAAGAAGAGAGCCAGUGAUGCAUUAGAGGGUGCAUUCAAGCAGUGAACUCUUAUCAUCAGAGAGCCGUAUAACUUAUUAUUUUCAAGUUGCAAACUUCCGAAAGAUUUGUCUCAUUUUUCGUGUGUGUUAUGUGGACGAAAUUGUUAAGCAUUUAAUUUGUAAGCCAUAUCCAUCAUUCCUCUGUCACAGGACACCCUACAGUUCGCUUUACUCAGCCUCUUGCAAUGGGGCUCAAUUCCAACCCUCUUUCAACCCAGACACCGAAGCAUUGCUAUGUUCUGCGUUUGAUAUUUUCUCAACUCCCCGUUUAAUUGUUCCAUGUUUCUUGUAACAUGUCCCGCUUCUCAAUUACAAUGUGACAACGCGCAAAUGUUGCCAGUUCACAAUUUCAUUAUAGGGUUAUUGUAUUACAAUUUCAUGCCUCAUUUGUGUGCGGAGCUGCAGUUCUGGUUUGCGUAGUGAUUUCCAGACCGGGUCCUUAACAGUGAGGUAAAUUUUGACCAGUCUAUGUCUCUAUGAAGGAAUAGUUAUUAUUAGUUCAUAUUAUGUUUGGUCGCAUGUCUUAACAAGCGUCAGUAUCGUGUGACAAGUGUAACAACGACUAAGUCGCUGGCGAAAGCCGUGACUGCAUCCAUAUAGUUAUUUCUAUUUAAUUUUUCCGUUCAAACGAGGAUGUGGAGCAAUUUGUUGCUGGUAGUUAAUAUGGCUCUAUGAUGGUGGCAUCCGUUGCAAAAUCCUAUUUGUAUGAUGCUGAAAAUACCAGUGGCAUUCUAUCACGAUUGAAAAACAUUAUUUGGCAAAUUUCAGCAAAUAAAUUCAGUAAUCGUUGGUUGUCUGUGCUUCAAGUUUUUAUGUUUUAGGCACUUCAAGUCAGGAAUGGCAGUAUAGGCUUCGCGAUGACCGUUCAACUCUUAGACUUGCGUUGGAAGUAAGAAAUCGUUGGAGAUCUUUUUCUUUCUGGAGCUCUGAAAAUCAUGCAGGAAAUCAUAUCACUUGGUUUCAAAGUUAUACGACAACUCUAUUAAAUUAGAGGCACUUUUGGCGGGAAAACGAUCGAAGUAGAAACGCUUGUUCUGUGCCCGCGCUCUCUGCAUCAGGCUUUCUAGCGUAUAGAAUUCCUAUUAAUGUUUUAGUGUAAAUAAUUAGGCAGUGUCUUUUUUCAAAAACGCUUUUUUGCUUUGUGUUAGACGGUAAAUUUCUUGCGUUUCUACAUUCAUUUCGCCUUGUGAACUGAACUAAUUUAGGGCAAAUUAUGUUACUAAUUUACCUAAAUCAUGUGCUUUUUGAUGUUUAGUUACUGUGCUAAGGGAGUCUUGCCUAUUACUGUAACAUGUAGGUACGUUUUUUAGCGUAUAUGAGUUAACCGACGUUUACUUUUCCCAAAAAAUGGUUUUAGAAAUUGAUGUUUCUAUGAUGUAUUCGAAUUGUCAUGAAUAAGCUCUAAUAACUUGACUUCUACAAUGAUUCAAAGUAAUUAAAUAUCGUGUUAGUUAAUUUUUUGAUAAUCCUAAUGAGAAAGUUUAACGCUGGGCUCAAACGUAGUUAACCUUAACACUCCUAGUCACAAUGAGGUUCAGACUUGCUCGUUGAUGCGAGUCGUGCGUGGCUCGUAUCCACGUCAUUAAUCAUUAGCCUAAGUUAACUCACUUAUUCUGUUCUUAGGUUUAUCUAUUUCUACUUAGCACUUAGUUUGAAUGUUUUUUAUGUGAGCUCAUCUCUUCUUUUGUCUAUUGUUGAAUUAGUACCGAUUUAAUGACCCUUGUACAUAGGAGCUUUUGUACCCACGUUUGUGUACUUCUUGAUAUGAACAAAUAACAUUUCUGUCGUGUAGUCCGUUUCUACUCUAAUAAAACGUGGCCAAGU